AUGUCGACUCUCGCAGAUGAACUCCUACAGGACUUUGAGGAUUCGGGUUCAGAAGGAGGCGAAGAGCAGCAGAAUGAGGGUAUGUUCCCUGAAGCCGAUGGCGCAACCUCCAACGGCCACAAGGCAGCGAUCGCGAGCGCAAAUACGGAUGGGAUGGAGCUAGAUGGAGAUGAGGAAGAGGUCCCAGAGGAUGAGGAAAUGACAGGAAUCAACGACUCUGGUGUGGAUGUGGAGGAUGAGGAAGAAACAAAGGCGAAGGUGGAGAAGAUGGAGUUGGGAGGUGUUGACGAUGUGAGAAGUGUCGCAAAAUUAAUGAAGACAUUGGAACCGGUCUUAGAGAAAAUCGCCCAUUAUCAAUCUUUACCCCCGGACAAACAAACUACAUUCGUAGGCUCCAUCGAGGAUAAUCCCGAAUACCACCUCUUGACGCAAUCGAAUACCUUAUCCACCAAUAUCGACACCGAGAUCAUGAUCGUUCAUAAAUACAUACGGGAUCAUUACUCCAUUCGAUUCCCUGAGCUAGAGACUUUGGUCACCAAUCCUUUGGACUAUGCCAAGGUCGUAACUAUCAUUGGGAAUGGUCCUAUGGACCAAGAAAGCAUCAAGGCUCUUCAAAACUCCAAAGACAACAGGCUAGGCACCACUUUAAGAUCCGUUCUAGAUGGACCCUCGGUGAUGAUUGUUACAGUGGAAGCUACGACAACCAAGGGACGAGAAAUGUCUUCAGCUGAGCUUGAAAGAGUUAUGCGUGCUUGUGAUAUGACAUUAGCACUCGACCGAGCAAAAAAGACGUUGACAGAUUACGUUCAAUCUCGCAUGAAUCUAUUCGCACCUAAUCUCACAGCACUCAUCGGAUCUCUGACUGCAGCUCAACUUUUAAAUUUUGCUGGAGGAUUAACGGGUCUUGCCAAAACCCCAGCUUGCAAUCUACCACCUCUCGGAUCGAAGAAGCAGUCGGGAACUGGAUUUGCGACCAACGUGGGAGUUAGACAACAGGGUUUCCUCUAUCACUCACCUAUUAUCAGGGGAAUUCCCAACGACUUGAAGCGACAAGCUAUGCGUAUCGUGUCCGCUAAAGUAGUCCUCGCAGCACGUGUAGACCGCGUACAUAGUAGUCCCGACGGAUCUAACGGCGAAGAGCUCAAAGCAGCUUGUCUCGAGCGUCUCGAAAAACUUACCGAACCCCCACCAAACAAAGGCCAACGAGCACUCCCAGCACCAGAUGACAAGCCCGCCCGAAAGCGUGGAGGCCGGCGAGCACGUAAAGCCAAAGAAGCGACUGCCAUGACGGAUCUCCGCAAAGCACAAAACCGGAUGAUCUUUGGCAAGGAGGAAAAGGAAGUCGGCUACGGCAUGGGUGACGGAACGAAAGGGCUCGGCAUGAUCGGCCAAGCAAACGAAGGCCGCAUCCGAAAUCUACAAGUCGAUCAACGUACCAAGGCGAAGUUGAGCGCGAAAAAUAAGGGCUGGGGAGGCGCAACGCCUGUUGGCGGCUCCGCAUCGUCUCUGCGCGGCUUUGGGCAGGGUCCAGGCUCAGGUAUCGAUUUGAGAGGUAAGGGGCUGCGAGCCAGCGGUGUGGGAACUGCUGGUGCCGGAUCGGGAACAGCAUCUUCGAUAGCAUUUACGCCUGUUCAAGGUCUCGAACUGGUUGAUCCGAAGAUGCAGGCUGAGAUGAGUCGGAAGCGAAAGGCAGAGGAGGACCGGUGGUUUAAAGGUGGAACGUUCACGCAGGUGGGUGGAAGUGGAAGUAUGGGACCACCUGCGUUGCCACCGAAUAAGAAGGUUGAUACGGGGUUUGGGAAGAUGGGACCACCUCCUACGCCGUUGAAGAAGUGA